AUGGGCUGUGGAUGUUCUCGAGAGCUCACCCCUUCCGAGGUUGCAAUCGAGGAGUAUGACAUCGCUACUCUCGAAAUGUCGCAGAAGCUCGAUUGGCAUCACCUCCAGUGCGGAGGGGCGUCGGAGUCCAGGAAGAGAAAAGCCAUGAAGGAGUUUCGACGUGAUUGGAAGGCCUUCAAUGGUCGCAGGCCGCGUUAUUUCUGGGGCGACAGUCCCGACCAGAGCGGCCGUUACGUCAACUGA